CCCGCUCAGCCCGACUCAGCUCGACUCGGCACGGCACGGCACGGCACAGCCGCGUUUGUAGUGGAAAAGCGGCAAUAUUAUGUUAUGUUUGUACAGUGUAUGUGUUAUUCUGCAUACACACUGCCCUUAUUUACAGAGCACACAGGAGCAGGCAUGCUUCAACACAGCGUCUAGCAGUGUAAACACCCUGAACCCCGAACUAGUCCACAGCUGUAUUUACCUUUUGUGAAACGAUGUGAGACUGACGAAGUUUCUCCUCGUCGUUCAGAGCAGCCACACGCGUCUUUAUCUCUUUCCUGAGCGUCUGUUUAGCUGCUCUCAGGGCCGCCAUAGCGCUCAGCUGGCUCGUAAGAACCCGUAAAGUUGAGUGCACUAUUAGUACUUCACUAAGAGAUUAGGAGUAUCAAAGUUUGAAUAUGUUACAUCGUUAAUCAUUAAUGGAUGUGCACUUUCUGUGUCAACAGAUCAGCGACUACGUCAAACUGUACGUCGCUCAUAAGGACUACAUUUACCAGCGGACGCAGCUGAAUGAGGUCACUUCCGGUUUUUAGGACUCGACGAAAUGGAAUAGUUUUAAAGAAAAAAAACCAAGGAGUGCCAUGGCUCAGGAGACAAAUCAGACCCAGGUGCCCCUACUGUGCUCCACUGGUUGUGGUUUCUAUGGAAACGCACGCACCAAUGGCAUGUGUUCCAUCUGCUACAAAGAUUUCCUGCAGAGGCAAAACGCCAACGGCAGGGUCACGGAGACAGUGUCAGUGCCUGCCGUGUCGAACUUGAGCAGUUUAGACGAAUCUCUGUCUGCAUCAUCCUCCACGGUUACUCCCACAGGAGUCGCACAAGAGGAGGAAGCUUCAGGAGCUUCAGUCCAAGUAGAGCCAAAAACACAAGAAGUAACAGGAUCAGACGAAUCCACACAGCCAGCCACCCCCGAGCCAGACAAAUCCAAACCCAAAAAGAACCGCUGCUUCACCUGCCGCAAGAAAUUGGGCUUGACGGGUUUUGACUGCCGCUGUGGAAAUAUGUUCUGUGGUAUUCACCGAUACUCUGACGUCCAUAAUUGCACCUUUGACUAUAAAACUGACGGUGCUGAGAAAAUCAGGAAAGAAAACCCAGUCGUUGUUGGUGAAAAAAUUACAAAGAUCUGAGUCGGAGCUCCUGGACAAAACCUUGGGGUUUUUUCCCCCCCCCGAUUUUUCUUCUCCUCUGUCCCACAUUGCACAGUGGACCUCUGAACAAUACCAGCACAUACCCUUGAAUCAUACACACCACACCUGGGUGCAUUUUUGUUUUUUGUUUUUUAACGUGUUUUUGCUUUGAAUUUAUCACUAUUGUUGUGUGAAAAUGUUACAGAAAUCUAGAUUUAUACAAUUGUAUUAUAUUUUAAUUUCAAUGACUAACAGGGCUAUGGUGAGACUACUUGAGGGGCGGGUCUUUUCUCAAGUCUAUAAACAAAGAUUGCAUGUUAAACAAGCAAAGAUAUUUUUCUUUAGAUAAAGAUUAUAAACAUGAGCAGCAGAUUUUAGUUUCACGUUAAUGGCUUAAAGCAUGUGAGGAACGUUUUAUCAGCUGGCUUUGCCCUCUAAAUUUUGUUAAAUGACUAAGAGUUUAUAAUCAAGAAUAUAGAAAGUGGUGUGAAUGCGUAAGCAUGUGUAUAUGUAUGCGGAGUUGCUUUUGCAGAUAUCGAGUUAGAAACUGUAGCAUAUCUGUCAUGCACAAUUUGUCAGUUCCUUGAUGGUAAACGAACGCCUCAGGACCACAACUGAUCAGAUACUGUUGCGUGUGGUGGAUCAUUCUUAGCACAGUACUGACACGGGCAUGGUGGCGGGUUAAAAUCAUACUGGUAUGAUUUGGAUCAGAUCAGGUCAGCUCCAGUGAUGGGGUUUUGAAUGCUGUGUACACUGAACUUGUCGUUCCAUCUUACAGAGAGACUGAAGCUGAUCCGUUUAUCACGGUCAGUUUACGAUCACACUUCCACUGUUGGCUGGUUCUCGAUCCAGCAGGAAUAUCGAACAAUGUUGUAUCGAACACAUUGUAUCAUAAGACACGUGCUAUAGGAAACGCACAGAUCUGAUCGGCGGUGGUCCUGCGGUGGUCCGUAUCCUCUAAUGGCCUGGGGGGAUGCAUGUAUGCGCAAACUGUGUAGUUACAGAUUGUGUACAGUCUGAUCUAUAUGGAAGAUAAAAUGGCAACUCAUUGUGUGAGUGUGUGUGAGUUUGAUAUGGAGCUAGAGAUGUUAAUUCAUCUGUAUUUGCAUCAUUAUUAUUAGUAACUUUUUUUCAGAAAGACUAUAGCAUUUAUUAUUCAAAAUUAUUGUGAUUUAUGCGUGUUAUUUUAUUUUCACUUUUGUCAGCUUUGAUCUGAAUAAAGGCAAAAAAAACCCAAACACCUU